AUGUCUCUGGCGUGUUCCCACGAUUACCCACCUAUUGUCUGCCUAAUGACGACCUUGGAAGCUGAGCGUAUAAAGCAGAUGGAUGUAAUUCAGUGUCACAUGACCGGUCCCGCUGUUGACGCUAUUCCCAACACUGCAAGUCUUCACGCACCGCAUCAACUGGAUUCCAACAUGGAUGCUGCCGAAGAUCGCGAUGUGAAGCUUCAGCGAGCCUCCGGGGACCUGGUAGCCGAAUUUUCGAUCAAGCUACCCUCGCUGUUGUGGAAAUCCCAACCUGGGACUUCCAUCCGCACCCCACGUAAAUGGGCACAGGUCACCAAAACAGAAAAGCUCGUCAGCCUACUCGAGCCUUUCCAAGAGUGGCCUCAACUCUUAGAUCCCCAUCUGCAGAAGCUGUUGCCUCCUUUAGUGGACGCUUUCCUGGCCUAUUUGGUCAAGCACCGUGCUCAGUAUGGAUCAGCCUCUGCAAAUAAUGCACACAGGGGAAACACAUAUCCGCUCCCAAGGGCCAUCUGCAGGCUUUUAUACACGUUCUGCAAGGUCCGGGGUGUCAAGGUGAUCAGCAGGUUUUUGAACAAUGAGCCGAAGUAUCUUGAAUCCAUGCUUCGGGGCUUUAUUGAAUGGGACAUGAUCCAGCAGCCAAACUCCGAGGACUCAUUUGACUCGGAGCCCAAACGACUCAUCUGGGAAGAGCGCUAUGUGAUGUUAGUUUGGUUGUCCCACCUUCUCCUUGCUCCAUUUGACCUCUCUUCGUUGUCAUCGGAUGAUAUUCCAGUGCCUCACGACAACAUGGAGCAGCUUAGCUGGUUGCCAGCUGAAACCCCAAUGGUUGCGAAGUCCCUCCUUUCUCUGUCAUUGCAUUACAUCGGCGUCGCAGGGAAGGAGCGCGAGGCGGCAACUGCUCUGUUAGCCCGAUUGGCUUUGCGAGGAGAUAUGCAAGCUCUGGGGGUUCUGACAGGGUUGACUAAAUGGGCAUUUGCGAAGAUGCAACCUGGUGAUAAUGCUGAAUCACCCUCUGUUCAUGCCUGUAUCGGUUUGCUCACUUUUAUAGCUCGCUUGGGUGCAUCCGGCCAGGUGGAAGACUUUGCGCCCCUGAUACAAAGCGUUUUCCAGCAAACCCUCAGCGUAUGCCAAGGGACCUCUGCGGUAUCAGCAACCAUCCAGUCUUCGGCUUUAGCCCGAAAGGUUGUGGUUAAGAUUCUUCGCAAUAUCACGGUUAUGGCUUUAUCUUUGAGCGAACGAGGGAGUGGAAUUAUCACAGAUGAUCAAUUGUCGGCCAUAAUGGAGGAUUCAAUUGAUCACUUUUUGGUCUCUUUGGCCGACAAAGACACGCCUGUUCGGUUUGCUGCAAGUAAAGCACUCAGCAUCAUCACCCUCAAAUUGGAUCCAGACAUGGCGACUGAGGUCAUUGAGGCCGUUAUUGGCUCGUUGGGGGAAAAUAUUCUCUUCGAAAAAAUUGAUGGAACACUUGUCACUCCAUUCGAAGCGCGCAAGAUUGGCACUCACACAUUGAGACGAAAUCUCAGUGCUGUCGAUGCUCAGCAGUGGCAAGGCUUAAUUCUGACGCUGUCUCACUUGCUCUUCCGUCGAGCGCCGCCAAUUCACCAGUUGCCUGAAAUCCUUCAGUCACUUGUAGCCGGCUUAUACUUUGAGCAGAGGUCUUCGACUGGCAGUUCAGUGGGAACAGGUGUGCGAGAUGCCGCUUGCUUCGGUAUCUGGGCUUUGUCGCGGAAAUACACUACAGCGGAACUUCUGGCAUUGCAGAAACAGUUUGUUUCGUCGCCAUCUGGACAAAAGGAGGUCGACGUUCUGCAAAAGCUGGCCGUGGAGCUCGUUUGUGCCGCUUGUGUCGACCCAUCUGGAAAUAUUCGACGUGGCUCUUCUGCUGCCUUGCAAGAAUUGAUCGGUCGACACCCUAACACUAUUGCGGAAGGAAUUCCCUUGGUGCAAGUUGUUGACUACCAUGCUGUCGCGCGACGCUCUCGGGCCAUAAUUGACGUUGCUAAGUCAACAGCCUCUCUGGAUCAAAUUUACUGGAGUCCCCUUCUUGACGCUUUGAUGGGUUGGAGAGGAAUCGGCUCCCCAGAUGCUGAGUCCAGGAGACAAGCAGCCAAAUCAAUUGCCACUUUGAGUGCACAUGAUUCAUUCAGGACUAUGCAGCAGGUACUGGAUCUUUUGCUGCGAAAGUUCUCCAGUAUAUCUCGAAACGAUGUGGAAUCUCGGCACGGCUGCCUUUUGGCAUUUUCUGCCACCGUGGAUUCAUUUACUUCCCAGUGGGAAAUAUCACUGGAGACAAGAGGGUCUCCGGAAGCCAAGGCUGUUUCCUCUCAGGUGCUCAAAGUCUGGGAUAUCUUUGGAUCCCAGUCCGGUCCUACCGAUGAUGACUUGACAUUCCAAACAUCACGCCCCGAGCUCACAGCGGAGGCAUCAUCUUCCUUGGUCUCCUCUCUCUCGCGUUCCAUUAUUACCAUAGGCUUAGAACACCCCACCGAGGCCUUACUUGACCGUGCACUGCAGGUUCUCUCUCUCUGUUUAUUGCGAAGCGAUGAUAUCUCUAUCGAGACUUCCUCUAAUGCCCUGUCUCGAUUUUUCCCCCUUCUUUCGCCAUCGAAGCAGGAGAAAACUGUGCGCGAUUGGUCUGCUCACCUACGCAAUUCAUGGCGGAUGCCGACAGGUCGCGGUCAAAUCCUAGCACUCGGCGCAGUAUUCAAACAACUUGGGGCAGAGUGUGAUCUUCAAGGGAGCGUGGUUACUGAGCUGGUUCGUUAUACUGGCAAGGAAGAACUCAUCGAGAAAAGAGUGGCUGCUGUGAAGUGCUUGGCAACGAGCAUUCUACCACAUAUGGGUAUGUCAGGCGUGUCUCGGUCCUACUGGGUCUGUCUUCCAGUUUUGAACUCAGCUCACCCAAUUACAGCCUCCACAAAUGAAAUUGCGAAUACCUUCUUAGAAUUCUUGAACGAUUACACGACUGACAGACGAGGUGAUAUCGGAUCACUCAUACGUGUGGAAGCAAUUCAGGCCGUCGGGAUCCUUUUGCAAAGGGAGCCAACGUCACGAUCACCAUUGAUCCAAGAUCUGGUCGGAUGUCUUUGUCGACUUGCUUGUGAGAAGUUGGACAAGGUGAGACUUCAGGCAUGGCUCUGUCUGCAAAGUUUCUGGGAAUCAGCUGGAGAUUUUCCUCCGCUUGAACGAACAUUUGAGCACUUUAGCCAUGUCUCAUCGCAAGAAUACUUCACCCAGCUUUUUUCUUUAUACCGCAUUGACUGGCUGCGUUUACCUCUUCUCCAAGGCUUUGCAACAUCCGCCAUUUCAGGCGCGGAAGGCCUUGUUCGAGCGGCUCGCUCGGCGCUGGUUCAGUUUAUCAACUCGCAAUCAUCGACCCAUCGCCAGGAGGUUCUGGUGUUGUUCUUGGAAGACCUUUCUACGAUAUUGAAUGAUAAUCUUCAGGAUGACCGAUUUGCCAUUCCUGCGGUUGAAUUCAUUGCCUUCUUGAUUGAUGGCUUUGUUAUGGUCGUCCCCGAAGGUUCUAGUCCAUGCUUCCGAAAAAUAUUCACCCUGGUUCAAAAGUCGCAUCUCAGGUCGGCAAAUAUAGCCCGAUUAGAGGCUGCGAUUAAAGCGUAUGGAGCGUUAUCGAGAAUCGAUUAUCUACACACCGGGGUCUUAAAGAAGUUGACCGGGAUGCUCUUACAUCCUUUCCCGAGGGUUCGAUCGAGCGCUGCAGAGUACCUAUUUAUGGUGACGGAGUCUGACGUUGUCAAGUAUGAGGACUGGUCCGCUUCACCUAAGCAGCUGAAGCCUCAAGUCGAUGAUUUGAAGAUUGCCCUCAAUCUCGAAGCCUGA